GCCACUUGGUCCUCAAAGGUUGUGUUUGAUCAUUGUUGCCAGCCAACUAGUAAAACAACAUAACUGUCCACGGUGUCAAGUGAAGAUAGGCAAAGGGAUAAAUAUUUUCAGCAGAAUGAGCAGUAGCAGGUGUAGUGUGCAGUGGGGGGGUCUGCUCCUCCUCCUGUGCUGCUGUCUGCUGUGUGUUGACUCUCAGGUGGAGUCACAGCAGCAGCAGCAGCCUCCCCCGCCGGUCCUAGACAGUGGAUCCUCCAUAUCCGGCCACGCUCACGGCCGCCUGGACAGAAACAUGGUCCAGGACAAAGACCACAUCAUGGAGCAUUUAGAAGGAAUGAUUGACAAACCAGAGAAAGAAAUGACACCCCAGGAGCUUCAGCUGCACUAUUUCAAGAUGCACGAUUACGAUGGCAACAACCUGCUGGAUGGGCUAGAGCUAGCCACAGCUAUCUCACAUGUACACAGAGAGGAGAGAGGAGAGGACAGCCAGCCGUUGAAAGAGGAGGACCUUAUCACUCUCAUUGAUGAUGUUCUGAAGGACGAUGAUAAGAACAAUGACGGUUACAUAGAUUAUGCAGAGUUUGCCAAAUCGCUGGAGUAAGAUGUCGCCUGAGAACUUACACGCUUCACAACAACAACGACAACGACAACGACAACGACGACGAAUCUGCAGAGGAGAGAAGGCCAACUGAGUAGCCACCAAGCUGUCUUGGAAAACCAUUGUUUACUCUUUGCUUUCUCAGUCAGGGUUAUUGAUAAUUUAUAAGGUUUGGGAAAUUUUUAUACUUUCUAAGCUUGUGAUGCAUCUUUUUUUUUUCCCAUCUGAUGUCCAAGCUGGUAGCAGCAAAACGUAGUAAUGCCAGUAAUUUAAUAAGCAACAAAAAAAAGGAGGAACACAAAAUGGCCUUUUGGUUAGUUUGCCUCUGGCGUAUGCUUCCAGUACACUUGACACUGACUGACUUCUGCGCCUUCUGUUUUCGUAGGUUCCUUGAAAUCAUGCCUUUUUCUGAAGGGUCACCAAAUAUCAGUAUUUUUUUUCUACUAAACCCCUCAUGGUAUCUAACCAUGGGUAUAUACUUUUAGUUCUUUUAUGAGGUUUAGACAUCUCUACGGUGACUUCUGCCAAAAGGCCUAAAAAAAUAAAAGCCCAAAACCAUUUAUUGGGAACUAGUACAGCUAUCAAUGAAGUGGUAGCAGAGGUCUCAGUGGCAGGUCUCAUGGUAAAUAAUACCCAAUCCAUCUGCAUGGCUACCGUAGGGGAAAGUUAGGAAUAUAUGUUUAUUUGUAUGAUUGGCCCUUUUAUAUGUACUGCAGCUCUAUAGUGUGUGUUCUUCUGUUAGUGGUGCUACACUGAAUUUACUCUGGUAGCCCAAAAGCAUCUAAACUAGGGAUGCACCGAAUCCAGAUUUUUGGGGUUCGGCCCCUGGUUAAGAUUCUGCCGAAACCGAAUACCGAAU